AUGGGGAAGUCGAAGAAUCAAAAUGUCGGCCUGAACGCGAAGUGUUUCGGUGGCAGCAACUGGCCGAUGACAGAACCGGAUGGCAUUGAGGGUAAUGCGCAAUGGGUAAACGGGCCUUUUAUUCUCCUCACACUUGUUGGGUCUCCGUACCUGGAUGAUACAACACCAUCGCAAGCUCCGCAGAAAAUGAAAAGACAAAUUAUGAUAGACACCUCUCAGAGCCCAGAUAAUUGGCUCCCGAAUAUUUGUCAACUGGAGCACCUUCAAUGCUUAAACAUGGGAUUUUGUGAUCUGGAUGAACGCACAGCUCUAAAUCUUGCAAGAAACGCUCCUGUGGAUCUACGACAUCUAAACUUGGAAGGUUGUACGAUUAUCGAUGUAAGUGCUCCAACCCAUGAAGUACCCUUUCCCUUCCUAGCAUAA